AUGAUAUCUCGUACAUCUAUACGAUCCCCUCUUCGGACCUAUCACUUUAGAGCAGCUUCUCCUAAAAGCUACUCAACAAUUAUACCCGAAACAAAUAUAGAACCCCCAAAGCCAAAAAUUUCCCAAUUUAGCCAUGCGAUAUUCAACACCCUCACCAUUUCGUUAACUACAUAUUUACUUUUGCAUACCGUAUGGACAAACUUAGAGUAUAAAGAGGUCGAGGCGGAUCUAGUGGCAAAAUCGAAUGAUUUAGAAUUUCAAAUACAAACUAUAGUUUCAGAGUUGAAACAACAAGAACUUAAGAAAAGACAAAGUUGGUUUGGAAAGUUGAAAUUUUGGUGA